GGUCCUGGAGUUGGCUUGUCGUACAGGAUUCGUUCAGUCGUUCUCGCAUCAGCAGAGCGCACGCACUCCGCGUUUCCGCCCAGUGCCACCCAAAAAAUCUCGGACCUCCUCUCCUCGCAAGCAGAGGGGAGAGCGGCACUCUGGCAGCUAGUACCGGAAUCGGACAAUGACAGCUGUCCGGCGGCAGGCGGCGGCGAAGCCCAGGGGCGGCGGAGGCGCCGCAGCGGGGAGGAGCGCUUGGCUCGCGGCGGACGGGAGCAAGCGGUGGGGGGAGAAGUUCUUCCUGUUCUACACGCCCUUCUGGCUCACGCUCUGCCUCGGCGUCGUCGUCCCCUUCAAGCUAUACGAGAGGUUCACGGAGUUGGAGUACUUGGUUCUUGGAUUGGUGUCAACCGUGCCGGCUUUCGUCAUCCCUCUGUUCCUCGUGGGGAAGGCAGACAGUAUUAGAAGUUUGAAAGAUCGGUACUGGGUCAAGGCUAAUGUUUGGAUUAUAAUUUUCAGUUAUGUCGGUAACUACUUUUGGACACAUUAUUUCUUCACAGUUCUUGGGGCAUCAUAUACUUUUCCAUCAUGGAGGAUGAAUAAUGUACCCCAUACGACAUUUCUCCUGACCCACGCAUGCUUCCUAUUCUAUCACAUGGCAUCAAAUAUGACACUUCGUAGAUUACGUCACUCCACAGCUCACCUGCCGCAGUCUAUUCGGUGGUCAUUUGAAGCCGCAUGGGUUUUAGCACUCUCAUACUUCAUAGCAUACUUGGAGACCCUAGCCAUUGCAAAUUUUCCAUACUACGAAUUCGUCGACCGGGACAUAAUGUACAAAGUUGGAUCAUUGUUUUACGCAAUAUACUUCCUUGUUAGCUUUCCAAUGUUUUCAAGGAUCGAUGAAAAAGCAGAGAAGUGGGACCUUCCCAGGGUAGCCGUGGAUGCCCUAGGCGCGGCGAUGCUCGUCACCAUAAUACUCGAUUUAUGGCGUAUAUUUCUGGGGCCAAUCGUGCCGUUGCCCGAAUCAAGAAUGUGCGGUCAGCCGGGGCUUGCAUGGUUCCAGGUGCAGAACGAAAGCGUCUAAAUUAGGGACGCUGCGUAAUCUUUGUUCCCACGUUUUCCAGAAGUUCAGCCUGGCUUUUGAAGUUGGGAACCCUUGUCUUAUUUUUUUUUUCUAGAAUACACCCAAUCAUGUGUAUCUUAUAUUAAAGGAGAAUUCCGCGACGCAGUUACAUGCCCGUAGACGCCAGUAAAGCGACUACUCUAUUACAUUCCACAAGGGAUCCACUAGACAAGAAAGUGAAAAAUCUACAUUAUGAAAAAGGCCCGCACUCGAC